GCGAGAAGCACAUUGGAGAUGUAAUGCCCGCCCUGUAUCGGGCUCCUGAAGUCAUCCUGAAUAUGCAAUGGGGCUCCAAGAUAGACGUAUGGUCUGUUGGAGUGAUGGCCCGUACUCUCGAGGUAUUUACUGUUACUCUAGUUUGUGCUAACAUGAGGAGAUAGAUCUGGGAUCUUUUUGAAGCCCAUAAUUUAUUCCCUCCCAUCAAAGACGGCCAGCUCGACGAUGAACUGCACCUCGCUCAGAUGGUGUCUCUUUUAGGACCCCCACGACGAAGCUUCAGAGAGCGAAGCGAGAUGUGCCGUCAAUAUUGGGAUGCAGAAGGUGAGUCAAACGUGACUAUCAAAGCUUGCUUUUUUUGCUUACGUGUAAAGGCAAUUGGAUCGCUGCAACACCAAUCCCAAAUCAGACCACAGAGAUGAGGGUAACGCGCCUGCAGGGAAGGAAAAAAGACAUCUUCCUUGGGCUCGUCCGCAAAAUGCUGCGCUGGCUUCCUGAAGAACGGUCAACCGCAGAAGAGCUCACUGCAGACGAAUUUCUAAUGCUGCACGAUCGUAGUAAUGAGCAAAUUGACACCGAACAGACCGAGCAAGUAAUUUGCACUUUCGGGAGCACCUGGUAUUUCUCUGAUUGUUAGAGGGAAUAGUUUUAUAACAAAUUUAUACAGAAUAUUAUAUAAUCGAGUGGAGCAUAUUUAGUUGAGGUAGGAUGGCAUACAGAGAAAAU